GUAACUGGCUUUUGGUUUUGAGUGUCAUCUCGUUAAUGUAUGCAGCUCUUGGAUGUCCCAACAAAUGCCUAUGCCAUACAGCUUCAAAGACUGCAGACUGCAAGAAUAGAGGAUUUACUGAAAUUCCUGCCCAUUUACCUCCUGAAAUUCAGAUACUACAGUUGCAGAAUAACCGUAUUUGGAGAAUCAACCAAAAUGCAUUCACUGGAACACCACUGCUCAAAAUCUUGGACUUGUCUAAUAAUUCUCUCUCAAGUUUGGCACCAGGCACUUUCCAAAAAUUACGUUUCCUCCCAAACCUAAAAGAACUGGACUUGUCAUCCAACAGCAUUAUACGUUUGCCUGAGACUUUUGGAAACAGCACAGGGAAUAUAACAUUGCUGUCUGUGAAGCAUAACAAACUUCAGAAAAUGGAAAGAGUUCUGCUGGAGUCCCUUCCAAACCUGAAAGUGGUUCUUUUCAAAGAUAAUCCCUGGCAAUGUAAUUGUAAUGUCUUUGGCCUGAAACUGUGGCUGGAGAGCUUUUUAUACCGAGGAGGAAUAAGUGAUGGCAUUAUCUGCUCAGCUCCAGGGAUUCGGAAAGGAAAGGACCUCCUCAAAGUUCCCUAUGAGCUGUUUGGGGCAUGCCCUCUAAUGACAGCUCACAUUCAUCUGGCUAGCGUUCACCAUCAUAGCUUUGAGCACAGAAGUUCUAUGAAGCACGCUCAUCAAAAUGAUCAUGGUGAAAACAGACUUUCAAACUGCGAAUCCAAACCAAAGCCAAGGCCCAUUAGUUUGCGUCAUGCAAUUGCCACUGUAGUAAUAACCGGAGUUGUCUGUGGAAUUGUAUGUCUAAUGAUGUUGGCAGCUGCUGUUUAUGGUUGUGCCUAUGCUGCAAUUACUGCUAAAUACCACAGAGAACAUUUAGCCUCAGUCAGACAGCAUGGGACUCCUGAGGAAAAAGAUACCAUUUGA